AUGGAAGCUCAGCGAAAUCGUCAGGAGAUAUACCAGCCCUCCAGAGGUCCACCACACGCUCGAUCUGUAUUUUCGUAUUCUGGCGGCAAAACCGAAUCGGUCAACAGUCAUUCGUACACACUGUCCAGAUACCUCAAGAGUUUCUUGGAGAGUGAUGAAAAGCGGGUAUCCCUGCUUAAUCGCAAGGUCCCUAAAGAUAGGCGCGACCCCGCCGUGCCACCUGGAGUUAUUAUCACAUGGCAGAUGUCGUUCGAUCUGAUACGCGAGACUGACCCGAAAGCUGCAGACUUGCUUUCGUUGAUGGCAAUGUUUGAUAAUCAAGAGAUUCCGGGUCUGCUAGUGCAUGAGGGGCAAAGCUAUGACGAGUUUUGGGUGGUGGCAUCGCCCUUGACCAACUUCUCACUCAUCAAGGUUCAAGACACUGAUCAACCAAACCCGGAGGUUGAUGAAAUGCUCUUUGACAUGCACGGCCUGGUGCAGCUAGCUACAAGAGACUGGUUGAGGAUUGAGGGGAAGCUGAAAGAAUGGGAGGGCAAAUCGAUACAUACCAUGUUCACUAGGUUUCCUUACGCUAAGGUCAACGAUCGCAAAAGCUGGAAAACCUGUGAGAUUCUACUUCCGCACGCGCAGAAAACGCUUGCAUACAUUCCAGAGGAUAAGAGCGUGACUUUCGAGCGAAUGAAAGUUGCUUGGGAGGUUGGAUUGUACCUCCGGGUUAUUGGCGAUUACUCGGAGGCUGAACAGAUCAGCAGCGAAGUCUAUUUGGAGGCGUACAACUUGCUUGGGCCCAAAAGCCUGGAUACGAUUUCAAGCAGUGAGUUAUUGGCGGAUGUGUAUAUUUACCAGGGCAAGUACAACAAAGCGCAAGCCUUGCAAGAAAAAGCGCUCGAAGUACUUCAAGAAGAGUUUCCCCAGGGCCAUAUCCACACUUUUAACGUGUACGCGAGACUUGGAACUAUCUAUAUCUACCAAAGCAAAUAUGCAAAGGCAGAGACGCAUCUACGAAAAGCCUUGGAAGGAUAUUCGCUGUUGGCAGAUCCAGACAUAGUGCAGACAUAUUGGACGCAGGGCGAGCUCGCCGUGUCAUUAGACAAGCAAGGAAAGCUCCAGGAGGCUGAGGACAUGCAUCUUCAAGUCAUCGAGCGCAUGAAACAGAGUGCAGGGCCUGAGGCUACGGACACCAUCACCUGCAUGUUUAAUCUUGCUCAGCUUUUCAGCCAGCAAAAACAAUUCACGAAGGCCAUACAAUGGCAUCGACAGUGUGCCAAGGCUUACAAGGCAAUAUUGGGAGCGGAACACCCUCUCACACUUCUUGCCGAUGGUCAGGUCGGCUUGAAUCUGUGGUACGACGGCCAGACCCCCGAGGCUGCAGAGAUUCUGCGGCACAAUCUUGAGAUGACGGAACAAAGGUUGGGUGCAGAACACAAGAGCACUUUCACAAGAGCAAACAACCUCGCACUUGUCCUUGCCGAUCAGAUGAACUACACGGAGGCAGAGACACUGUUCAUACGCGCAAUUAAAGGGAUGGCGGGGAUACACAGGAUGGACCAUCCUCACCUCAAUACUUCCAUGCUCAACUAUUCUGACUUUUUGGUAAAGCAGGGUCUACACCAGGAAGCUGCGAAACUGAAAAGCGCGCUCAAAGAUCCGAACAUGCUUAGCAACGUGGAUGAAUUCUGCUCGCUCCUCGAUCGGUUGCAUUUAGACGGAGAUUCGAGAGAUAGCGAUGGAACCAGAUAA